AUGUGGCAGGAGAAACACCCGCUGCUGAACGGCGUGAGGCACAACACGCUCCUCCUCCUCCCUCUCCUCCUCCUGUGCGUGACGGCGGAGGAGCCCCAGGAUCUCCCCGCUGGCGGGAGCGUGGUGGUGAAGGAGGGGGCCAGCGUGUUGAUCCGGUGCAACGUGACCGGGGCCCAUCUUGGUGUCCAGUGGUACAACUCAAAGGGGCUCCUGCUGAGCGAACUGGACGAAGGCAGAAGGUGGCUGAUACAGGAGAACGGAGGCCUAAACAUUACCGUGGUCCACUUCAGCGACCGAGGCCGCUACACCUGCGUGGCCUCUGGCGCCGCUGGGACCGCCGCCUACACCGUCACACUACGCGUGGCUCACACCGACAGCGGCCUGGGUGUGUACUACAUCACAGUCUGCUUGGUGACCUUCGUCAUCACCAUGAUCCUCAACGCGGCGCGCCUUUGCAUGGUCAGCAGCCACCUGAAGGAGACGGAGCGAGCCAUCAACGAGUUCUUCCACACGGACGGUGCCGAGAAGCUCCAGAGAGCCUUCGACGUGGCCAAGCAGAUCCCCAUCAUCACCUCCACCAAGACGCUGGAGCUGGCCAAAGUCACACAGUUCAAGACCUUGGAGUUGGUCCAUCACAUCGAGGAGCUGGCGCGGAGCAUCCCGCUGCCCCCGCUCAUCCUCAACUGCCGGACCUUAGUGGAGGAGAGCGCGGAGAGGGCGCAGCCGUGGCCGGAGGCGGUGGAGCCAGGCCGGGGAGCAGCUCCUGGGAGGAUGGAGGCUGUGUAG